CACGAAUCACGGUAGAAAAAUAUGGACUACGGUCCGAAAAGAGCCUGAAACUCAGUUUGAAACUACUUUAGACUAACAAUCAUAAGUGGAUUGUAGCUUGAAUAUACAAUUUUAUCUUGUUUUUCUUCAACCUGUCACAGGCUAAUCAUGGCUUUUCUGAUCUACCUGACCGUACUGACAACAGCCGUCAUCACACGGGUGACUGCUAGCUGCCCAACAGUGUGUGAGUGCCCUGUAGAGCCCCUGGCUUGCCUUCCAGGAGUCAGUACUGUGCCAGAUGGAUGUGGGUGCUGCAAAGUGUGUGCUGCGCAGCUUAACCAGGACUGCAGCCCCAUGAGGCCUUGCGACCACCACAAAGGGCUGGAGUGUAAUUAUGGCAACGAUGUGACCAUGGCCUGGGGCAUCUGUCGAGCAAAAUCAGAGGGACGCACAUGUGAGUACAACGGCAGGAUCUACCAGAAUGGCGAGAGCUUCCGUGCCGGGUGUAAACACCAGUGCACCUGCAUUGAUGGCGCUGUUGGCUGCGCUCCACUCUGUAACAACAAGCUGCCACCGGCCUCUCCAUCCUGCCCCUACCCACGGCUGGUCAGGAUACCCGGGCAGUGCUGCUUCAGUGUGGACUGCCAUAAGGGCACCUGGCGGCUCCCACCCAAACAUCAGCACCUGCCCAGACCUCAGCACCAGCCUGAAAAAGAGCUGGAUAACGAGCUUGCAGACAUCAAGUCCAGCGGCUGGGAGAGUGAACAUGGGCACAAACACCUGCCUGUGUGGAACCAGCUCAGGGACAAGAAGUGUCCGGUCCAGACGACUGACUGGUCCCAGUGCUCUCGCAGCUGUGGGAUGGGCGUUUCUUCUCGUAUCACCAACAAGAACCCUGAGUGCAAGCUGGAGAGAGAGACGAGAAUCUGUACCAUACGACCAUGCCACAGCCUGACCAUCCCAGCCAAGAAAGGGAAGAAGUGCUCUCCAGCCCAGAAAGCCCCAGAGCCCACCCGGCUGUCCUAUGGAGAAUGUCUGAGUGUUCGCCUCUACCGGCCCAACUACUGCGGCAUGUGUACAGACGGUCGGUGCUGCUCACCACGCCGCACACGUACUGCACCCGUGAUCUUUGUCUGCCCGGACGGCGAGCACUUCCAGAGGUCGGCCAUGUUUAUCCAGUCAUGUAAAUGCAGCGAUGACUGCGGCCACCUUAAUGAGGUGGCACUCCCUCCACAGCACUGGAUGUACGGAGAUACACACAAGUUCAUAGACUAGUACUGAGGUGGGGUUUAAACUCUUAUUUAUUUGAAUGUGAUGAGGAUGACUUUCUUGAUAAAGAAAGACAAGGGGCCAUUUUUCUCACCUGGUUCCAAGUGAGUGAGGACUUCAGGCACCCACCUGACGGCCAAACUGUAGGCAGAAAGGGCCGCCUCAGUUUUAUACGGUCAUAAAGACAACCCUUAUUGUAAUAAUAUUGUGACCAGAGUGGACUUGCCUGCUCCUGUUCAGACGUGGGAGCUAAAUUAGAGCCCUGAAGUGCAUAUGGACCUCCUCCACUCUGGACUGAUUGCUGGUUCAGGUUUGGAGGAUUUUUUUUUUCCCCUUUUUGAGACCCUCUGCCUGAGCGGGGGAAUGAGCAACAAAGCACUUUGUGUUUAGCACUGAACAUUUGUAGCUUUAUUUAGAAAACUUCAGAGUAGAAAGCAAAAUAUGUACAAGAUGAUUUUAAUUCAAGACAUAUCAAAUCAGAACAGCAUGUUAUGAACAUAAGACAGACUCCAUUGAUUGUGCUUUUUGGCACGCUGACACGACAAGCCAUCUGAAAGUACAUUUACACACCGUUCUGAUGAUAAGGAACGCUAUCUGGAACUGACAAGCGUUCAGUGAGGACUGGACCAAUGCCAACUGAUUUCUUGUUUGUGAUUUAAAUGCAGCUUAGAGAAAUAUCUUACACAAACCUGUAUUUGAGAAUUUAUUUUGAAUCACACUGUAUUCUGUAAAUAUUUUCUUUAUUUGAAUCCCAGUUUGUUUUGUCACAUGAAUACACUUCUGUGGAUUAAGACACUACGGUGUAGCUGUCACAAGUGUUUGUUGGUCCAUCUGUGUGAUGAAACUGCUCAAGUUUCAUGCAAGACUUUAUUUUAACCAAAGUUUCAAACUGUGUUUGGGAAAACAGUCUUCCACUUAUGAUGAUAGCACCCUCUGCUUGUGAGAAUAAUUAACUACACAAAGUUUCUAUUUUGAUACUGUUGUGUCUCUUCAAUGUAAUAUGACCUAUUUAAAUGUUUAAAAUACGUGCAAAAUUAAAUCCAACUCCAUAAAUAA